AUGACAAAAGAAAGCGUGUUAUUGGUGGGUUCAGGUGGCGUUGGUACCAUGGCAGCAUUCGCACUGGAGUACUCAGGUAAAGCCGCUGUUACAAGUGUUUUAAGAUCAGAUUACGCGAAGGUGACUGAUAAGGGUUUUACUAUUGAUUCAUGUGAUUACGGGCAUGUUGAAGGUUUCAAGACUACUCACAUAGUUAACAGCGUAGAAAAGGCUAAACAGUUUGGACCAUUUGGAUAUAUUGUUGUUACUACAAAGAACAUCCCAGACGUCACAGAUAUCACGGAAGUUAUAGCUCCUGUAGUGACAUCUGAUUCAACGAUCGUUUUAAUUCAAAAUGGUAUCGGUAUUGAACGUAUGCUUUUCAAGAAAUUUCCUAAAAAUAUCGUUCUUAGCGGUGUAAGCUUGAUUCAAUCCAUUAACAGGAACGGAUAUGUGGAGCAUACAACACAGGACAUUCUCAAGCUAGGGUAUUUUUACAACUCAGCUUUGAGCAAAGAUUUACAGGAAAGUUCCUGUAGAAAGUUUAUCGACUUGUACAGCAAUGAAAAAGUCGAUUGUGAAUAUGAUGAGGAUGUUAAAUUUUCUAGAUGGAGGAAAUUAGUUUAUAACGCAUGUCUUAACCCUAUCUGUGCGUUGACUGGUGUUGAUGUUGGUAGAUUAGAAUUGUUCGGUGGUAUUGAUAAUAUUAUUAGGGCUUCUAUGAGGGAAAUAAUUAAAAUAGCUAAAUCCGAUGGUGUUACACUUCCAGAAGACGUUAUUGAAUUUAUGAUUAGAUGUGAUGAUCCAAUCUAUUUUAAACCCUCUAUGUUGGUCGAUGUGGAGAAGCAAAAUUUCAUGGAAAUUGAAGUUAUCUGUGGAAACCCUUUAAGAAUUGCAAAGGAGAACGGCGUUGAGGUUCCUAAUUUAUCUCUCACCUACGCACUUCUGAGAGUUGUUCAAUCUAAAUUGAAAGAAGAAAAGGGAUUGAUCACUGUCCCUAAAGAAAGACCAGCUCCUAAGUGA